AUGGCUUUCUGCAAUGUUUUUCCAAUAUUUAUUUAUGUAAUAUUUAUACCCUUCGUAUUGACAGUUGAUUUGAAGACUAUGACAAUUGAUGAGUACAUAAAUUACAUCAAUCCCCCAGCAGUGCAUAAAUUUCAGAACGCCUAUGAAGAGAGCAUUCUGUGCGUAAAAUAUGAGGAUCGAAUAUCCCUUCGUUCGGGGCACAUUAGCGAGGAUUCAAGGCAUAGUUCAAGGGAUAAUUUUACGUACAGGAGUUCAUCAAUAGAAGAGUGUCCAGAGGGAAGUGUGCCCAUCAUAGAGAUCACACGUGAACGUGUUGAAAGAGCAGGAUCUGUGAGACAAUACUUAAACAAAAGAUUGCGUGUCAAUCCAGAUAGUGACGAAGCAUUAAAUGUUAUAAAUGAGUUUGCAUUGGUAGAAAUGAGAGAAAAGAAAAACAAGGAAAUCCAUGAAAUGAAAGCGGUCUUUAAUCUAUGGCAGCCUUCUGUGGAGUUCGGUGAUAGUUUAAGUAGCGCUAAUUUGUGGGUUUACCAUGCGGCUCCUAAUGGUUCAGCCGACGAAGGAAUGGCAGCUGGAUUGAUGGUUUCCCCAGAGUACUUUGGAGAUUCACUUCUUAGAUUUUUUAUUUUUCGUCUGGGCUAUGACACAUCAUUUUGCCUGAACAUGGACUGUAAGGGAUUUAUUCAAGAAGGAAAAGGAAAUUUCCACCCGGGAGUGAUAAUGAAUCAUACUUCUGUAUAUGAUGGCCACCAGCAGGAGACCACAAUAGGGAUAAAAAGAGAAACUAGGAAUAAUGAUACAGUGUGGGCAGUAUACUUAUUCAACAAUUUAGUGGGUCAUUGGCCUACGAAUCUUUUUAAAUACUUGACAUUUGCCAAAUAUGUUCAAUUUGGAGGAGAAGUAGUGGUUAAAUCUGAUGUUCAAGGAACUCCAUUUUCAACGACAGACAUGGGUAGCGGACGCUUUCCUAAAGGUUAUUAUGCAAAAUCAGCUUAUAUCAGGAAUAUACAAUUGUUUACUGCGGAAGGUGUUCUUAUAUCAAAAAAGAAAAGGAAAAGAAACUAUUACGCAUCCAAACCAAACUGUUAUGAUAUUAAAGGAUUUGUUAAAAAGGAUGACUAUAAUGGGGAUAUCAUAUAUUAUGGAGGUCCUGGAGGUGAUGUUCCUCAAUGUACAUAUUAG